GACCAAAACAUGGAGACGUGACCCAGCGACCGGGUAACGACGGCCGGCCGGGAAGAAUAUGUCGUCUGCAGCACGGAAAUGCCCGAAAAACAUUGGAUUUUCGCUCAGAAUUUAAAAACUGAGCUCCUGGGAUGUGAGUUUGGCAUAUUACGCGUGGAAGUCUGAAUAAGGUAUGUCGCGGAAGCAACAUUUUGCAACAUUGUAGCUCAUUGAACAUUUUCGGCUCGUCGGACGAUAAGUCACUUGAUUUUCCAUGAACUGUUUACGUGCAUGACGCAUGUUACCUGAUGAAUUGUAAAUUAAACCACCACAUCUCUUGAAGAAGGACAAGUAUUUCUGAUCUCGCUGUCAGGACAAAUAUCAGACGACAUUUUCACACGUGGGGGUCGGCGAAAGGGAGACCUUUCAGAGUCCGUUUCGCGCCAAAACAAUUUGAUACUCAGGUGGGUAACGGGACCCGCUCCGAGGGGAAAGCUCACGUUUCCCGGUCAUUGUGGGAGGUUCGGGCCGAGCCGGCAUGGCGGGGAAAACCGGUGGGAAGGUUGGCUUUCCUAGCGGCGGGAAGGUGGGGUUCUCUAGCGGGAAGAGGGGCGCGCCUGCCCCGGUGUCGUCCUCGGAUGAGGAGGAGAUAGAAAAGGAAGUACAGGAGAAGGAGGACUAUGAAAACAUCGCCUCGCCUUGCAGCAGUACGUCAAGCGGGCCUGUCUACGAGAGACAGCCGGGGUUUGAGAAACAUGGACACGAAGUCGUCGUCCCGAGAAGACCCAAGAUCAAGCACAAGAUCAAGAGGAAGAAGAUGACGAACUUUAUGCUGGGCGGAGAUCAUGAUUUCUACACGGCCAGUCGGGGGAGGCGGAAGGAUGGUACCAUGGUCCCCACGCCCCCCAGCAAGGGCAAGCCCAAAAGGGAUACAGUGCCCAUGCGACUACGUGCCCUGCCCCAGUCCUUCUGGCAGCAGCCCAACAACAUGAACAACAAUUCCCCCGGCAGUCUGUACCCUGUCCUGCCUCCUGUUGUCAACAAGGAAGUCUCCGAUGAAUAUCUAGGCCAGGUUGUGUCUGUUCCUACAGAGAUCCGACCAGUCACGCCACCAGAGGAGCGAACCGAGACAGACCAACAGGAAAGGACCGGCAGAAAGGAGGAAGAAACUGUCGUAACAAAGCCAGAAAAAACUGUGGAGAAGGUCGCAGUUAAGGAAGACAAAGAAAAAACUGAGAAAGAAAAAUCUGAGAAAGAAAAAACUGAGAAAGAAAAAACUGAAAAAGAAGUGAAGAAGGAAAAGAUAGAUCUUGUUGAGGAGGGUGUGACGGGUGCGACUGUAACCGUGACCACGACAGCGCCGCCCAGAACACGGACUGUGAGAACUGUCACCUCAACCGUCCCUAACACAGACCUGCUCUUCAGCUUGUUCGAUGGAGUCGACCCUGAAACAAAGAGACAAACAGUCAAGUUGAAAAGGGGAAGACCAAAGAGAAUACACCUGGAGGGGAUGAACGCACCGCGACCCCGUUCCCAAGACAACGACCCCUACAUGGUGGACAACAUUGCAGAGAGACUGUUCCCCGUGCUGUCGUUAGAGAACCGCAAACAGAACACCAACCCUGCCAACCCUAACGUCACCACCACGCUGCACUACAUCACGCUCAACGGGGAGGACGAGAAGUCAUCCGUGUCGCUCCCGGCAGUCAGAGUGGAGACCAACUACUCACAGAUGUUGUCAGAACUUGUCAUGCACAUAUAGCGCCGGAACAGCAUGGGACGUUUGGUUUCACUGAAGCACACUGCACAUUUGAUGAUUGUUGUGUUCUCUCCAAAAUGUCAGAUUUGACAGUGGUUGCUGUGAUGAUUAGUACCUGAUCCUGUCUGUUGUUCUGUAGACUAUCUAGCAUAGGUGUAAUUCUGUUUCUCUUUCUUUUCCUUUUAUGUACAUGUCAAAUUUUAGGGACCAAAAUUUUCUAUCCUCUUUGAAACUUGGCCAAUCACUGUCACUGGCCUGCAGUUCCAUCUGUUGAUGCUAGAGGACACUGUUUCACAAAGUACAUGUACAUUCUAUUUCUUAGCGAUUUUAGACAAUUUUGUUUUUCGUGAGAAAUCUAAAAUUUUUGUAUCAAGUUAUAGAUCAGUAUUGCAAGAUUUGAUACUAGAAGUUUGUUGCUGUGCAAGAUGUAUAGAUUUUUUUGCCUAAAUGUUUGUGUUUUAUCUGAUAGGAAUUAAUGUGCAAUAUUCCUCUGGGAGGAAAAUGUACACUAGUUCCUGAAAAAUCAAAGUAUUAAUAGAUUGUUGAAAUAUUUGAGUGUAUGAGACUGUAUAGAAUGUACAGUAUAAGAUGUCUAAUGUACUUGUGUAUGUAGAUAUUGAGAUAUUUUGCUGUGACUUUGUCUCCUGUGUAUACACAUCUAGAUGUAUAUAGUAUAUUACAAUACAAAAAAAAAUAAUGGUUUAGAUAUUUCAAAGUUAUCUAUUAACAUGAAUUUUCUGUAAAGUUUUCAAAACAGUGUUUUAUUGAAAUGUUUGUCUAAACUGAAGAAGUUCAAUUUUUAUAUAUUUGAAGAAAAAAAAGAACUUGCAUAAAAAGAAGAGAUUUUAUUGAGAAAAAGUUUUGUAAAUCUACCAGUUUUAAGCUUGUGGCAUACAGCACGAGAUAUGCCAUACAGCACAAGAUGUACUGGAACACUAAAAGAAAAAGAGUACUUAUUGUUCAAAAGGACAUUCCUAUCUGUUUGGAUACAUGAACUCAAUCAAAUCAUGCAGCUUGUCAACAGGUCUGUUUCAUAUGGUGUAGAAAAUUGAAAGUGUGAUUUACUAAUAUAAAAAGGUUACAAUAUAUGCUUCUACAUUCCAGCUUUGGGUUGAACCUUAAGGUAUAUUGGAUGUGUUUGACAAAUCCUUGUUUGUGGAAAGCUAUAUUCUCUACACAUC